AUGAAGGCCCUCGUCUCCGGUAUCUUUAUACUCAUAAGGGUGCUUCUGGCUUACGCCGAUCUUGAGGUCACCGUCGUAUCCGGAACUUCUAAGGCCAAACCGAUUUUACUAGACUCAGUGACACUCGAACGAACGCAGGUUCAUCGUGGAGGCAAUGCACCUCCCUAUGAUGUCAAAGGGAAGAGGAACCCCACUGGUGCUUCCGGAAACUGGUGCGGUGGUUUACAGCACACGCCUUCGACCAACAAGUUCACAGGGAUAUCCGCAUACUUCGCUGCUCCCAACCUCUCAUCACGUCCAAAUACUCCCUAUCCCCAACAUGCCGCCUCUUGGAUUGGCAUUGAUGGUGCUAGCUGCCAGACCGCCCUCCUGCAAGCUGGAACAACGACUUCACUUGACCAGAAUGGCACUCAAACUUCGAAUGCGUGGCUUGAGUGGAUCCCUGAUGCUGCCUAUACCAUUCCGUCGUUUCCUCUCAGUCCUGGAGACUGGAUGUUUGUCAAUAUCUCAGUAUUGAGCUCCACUUCGGCACAGCUGGUUCUUGAGAAUUAUUCGUUGGGCAACACCGUUACCUUCAAUCUCAUUAAUGGUACACCACUCUGCCAGGCGGAUACCGAGUGGAUCGUGGAGGACUUUUCCACAAACGUUGGUCAAGUUCCCUUCGCGCGGUUCAGUGACAUAUGGUUCGAGCAAUGUCAGGCAAGGACUAUGAACGGAUCCGUCAUAAGCAUUGAAGGGGCUACUAUAAUAGCGCUACAGAACACAGGCAUCACUCCUUCAUGCAUUGCACAAGAAUAUGACGAUCAAAACUUCUGGUGCUCUUCCCAGGGCUGA